UACAGUGUGGCAUAUGUAUAAGGUUAUUAAUCGGCCGGUAUAAGCGCUUGAUUAUGAUAUCACUCUUUUUCUCACUAUACAUACAUACAACCUGGUCAUCAAUUAGAGUCCAAUUAGCUCGUGUUGUUUUCCUUCUAAAAGCUCACAUUGAAUUAAUUGUUUUGUACCUGUGUUGAAAAUCUGUUCAGUCUUUGCUGAAUCUGGGGACAAUUUCUGAGCAAAAUGAGAAAUAUCAGCGACGAAUUGGCCAUUUUUGUACAGGAAGGAGCUGAAUAUAUAAAAUAUUUAGUAGCGACCCAAUCCUAUGAUGUUGCAAAAUAUUUAGUGAUUCUUGCUCCUAUUGUAACAUUGUGGUACUAUUUUUUCUGGAGACCAUUCAACUACUAUCGAGACUUUACUGACUUUGGGUUUCAAGAAGCAGCUCGGAAACCACCUGGAAAAGGGAGCAAUGUCUCAAAAAGAAACAUAAUUAACGAUAUGCGAAGCCGGAGAAAGCUUGGAGAACUUCCUCCAGUGUAUCCGAAUGGCUGGUUCAUAAUCCUGGAAUCACGAGAACUUCUCAUUGAGGGUUCACGAGAAGUGAGUUGUUUGGGGUUGGCUUUGGUCGCAUGGCGUGGGAAAAGUGGCAAGUCGUACGUGGCAGAUGCAUACUGUCCUCAUUUGGGAGCACAUCUCGGUGUCAACGGGGAGGUUCGGGAUGACUGCAUUAAAUGUCCCUUUCACGGUUGGGCCUUUGAAGGGAGCAAUGGCAAAUGCGUCGAUAUUCCUUAUGCAGAUUCAGUACCCGAAUUUGCAAGGAUCAAGAUGUGGGAAACGGUCGAGAUGAAUGGUUUUAUUUAUUUGUGGUAUCAUGCAGAGGGAGAGAAGCCAAAUUGGCAGCCGGAUGAAAUGAGAGAGAUUGCUACCGGAGAAUGGAAAUAUCGUGGGAGGUCAGAAUUUUUAGCAACGUGUCACAUUCAGGAAGUUCCUGAAAAUGGAGCAGACAUGAGUCAUCUAAACGUAGUUCAUAAACCUGCCAUGCUAUCUGGGGGGAAGCCAACCGAAGCCAAGUUGACGUGGGGAUUCUUAACUCAUCAAUGGUCCGGAAGUUGGGAAGCAAACUCUAAUCCUGAGCUAUCCCACAGAGCACUUAUGACAUUAACCCACCGAAUGUGCCUUUUUAACAAAAUUCCUUUUAUGGAAGUCAAUGUCCAGGCACAUCAGGUGGGCCCAGGAACUGUGUACCUGCGUUUUAAGGGAUUUGGUGGAGAAGGCGUUUUAUUCUUUAACGUCACCCCUUUAGAACCACUUCUUAUGAAAAUAACGCACACAUUUUACUCAUCCCGUUCUAUGUUGCACCCUUUUGGCCUUCUUAUUUUACUGGGUGAAGCAAUCCAGUUGGAAAGAGAUAUCGCUAUUUGGAACAGAAAAACAUACAUCAGUCGACCCUUACUGACCAAGGAAGAUAAAGCCAUCAAAGCAUUUCGGCGUUGGUUUAGUCAAUUUUACUCAAGCAACAGUCCACGGAUGUCAACUGCUUUUAAUAAUCCAAUUUUACCAAACCCUUCAGUAACAACAACACCAACCUCUAAUGGCUCCAUAAAACUAAAUCCAGACAAUUUGUCUUUUUAAACAAUUUCACCUUGAAUAGUAUAGUUUAUUUUAUCGCAAAUAUUGUGCAAGCAUAUGUAUCUACCCGCAUACAUAUUUACAUAUUUAUAUUUGAAAGUAAAUUUUAGUACAAGGUGUAAAAGAAUAAAGCCAUCAUAAUCAUCGAGAGCACUACAAAUAAAUAUGAAGACCUGCCCUAUCAAAAAUAAAUUUCCGUUC